UUGCUUCUGGGUUCGGGCAAUUGGACUGACGCUUGCAGCAGAAGGAACGACGACAAGGCGCCCGAGGAGCGGAGCGGAGCAUUGGGUCUGAUCUUUCGGAAUUCGACAUCUCCUCCUGGUUCGACGAGGAUCUUAAAGCCAGUCUUGCAUGCCACCUUCGGUGGAUUGAUUGAUUGAUCGAUUGGUUGGCUGAUUGAUUGUUGGAGAGUUGAUUGUUCCUCGAGCUCUGCUGAGUGGGAGGGUACCCGGACGAUCUUGCCGGACUCGGUCGCUGGAAGGAAGACGGAGAGCGUUUUUCCGCAGCCGUGUAGCAGAGGACGGGAUGGCACCCAGUGUGAGCUUGGAGGUUGGAUCCGAUGGAGUGGCGAUUAUUACUCUUUUCAACCCGCCCGUGAAUGCUCUGGCACUUCCAGUGUUGGCAGGCAUCAAGGAGAAGUUUGAUGAAGCAAUGAGAAGAGAUGACGUCAAAGCCAUUGUUGUUACUGGUAACGCCGGCAGGUUCUCAGGUGGUUUUGACAUCAAUUUCCUCAGGGAGGUACAAAAGACUGGCGAUACUUCUCUUCUAGGACGCGUCUCCAUCGAUUUGAUGACUUACACAAUUGAAGAGGGUCAGAAGCCUUCAGUUGCUGCGAUUGAUGGUCUUGCUCUUGGUGGUGGACUUGAACUGGCAAUGGCUUGCAACGCACGUGUCUCUACCUCCAAGGCUCAGCUUGGAUUACCGGAGCUUCAGCUUGGGAUCAUUCCUGGAUUUGGAGGUACUCAAAGGCUUCCUCGGUUGGUGGGAUUAUCUAAGGCAAUUGAAAUGAUGUUGCUGUCAAAACCUGUUGGAGCACAAGAGGGACAUGAAUUAGGCCUGGUGGAUAUGAUUGCUCCCCAAGCGGAACUUUUGGCAGCAGCUCGUAAAUGGGCUCUUGACAUCGCCGAGCAUCGUCGACCCUGGAUGCAAAGUCUGAGAAGGACAGAUAAGAUUGAAGGUUUAUCUGAUGCUCGUGAAAUUAUAAAAUUCGCGAGAGCUCAGGCCAAGAAAAAUGCACCAAACAUGCGUCACCCUCAGCAUUGUCUCGAUGCUAUUGAGGAAGGAGUUAUCGCUGGGGGCUUUGCUGGAGCUUUGAUGGAAGAAAAAUUAUUCACCCAGGCGGUCUUUUCCGAUACCUCCAAAGCUCUUAUAAAUAUAUUCUUUGCUCAGCGAAAUACAACGAAGGUUAAAGGCGUUACAGAUUUGGGACUGAAACCCAGAGCCUUGAAGAAGGCAGCAGUUGUUGGAGGUGGUCUGAUGGGUUCGGGAAUUGCUACUGCCCUCAUCCUGAGUAACAUUCCAGUUCUAUUGAAGGAAGUCAAUGAUAAAUUCCUCCAAGCAGGGCUUGGUCGCAUCAAAGGCAAUUUGCAAAGUCGCGUGAAGAAAGGAAAGAUGACGGAGGAAAAGAUGGCAAAAACCCUUUCACUAGUAAAAGGCGUGCUAGACUACAACGAUUUCAAGACAGUGGAUGUGGUCAUUGAGGCCGUCAUAGAGAACAUCGGACUUAAGCAGCAGAUCUUUGCCGAUUUGGAGAAAGUGUGUUCACCCACUUGUAUCCUUGCCACGAACACUUCCACCAUCGAUUUGAACCUCGUGGGAGAGAAGACCAAAUCUGGAGAUCGUAUAAUCGGGGCUCACUUUUUCAGCCCUGCCCACAUCAUGCCACUCCUUGAGAUAGUGCGGACAGACAAGACCUCCCCCCAAUCUAUUGUGGAUCUGAUCAACCUAGGGAAGGUCAUAAAGAAGACGCCUGUGGUCGUCGGUAAUUGCACGGGUUUUGUCGUGAAUCGAGUGUUUUUUCCUUACAACAUGGCAGCUCCUCUCUUAUUGGACCUGGGUGUGGAUUUGUACCGCAUCGAUGCCGUGGUUAAGGCAUUUGGAAUGCCUAUGGGUCCAUUCGCCCUUGCGGAUCUUGUCGGUUUUGGAGUUGCCUUGGCUGUUGGUCAACAGCACCUGCAAGCACAUCCUGAGCGUGGCUAUAAAUCUAUGUUCAUCGCAAACUUGAUGAAGGAAGGACGGUUGGGACAAUCAACUGGGAAAGGUGUUUACCAGUAUGAUGAAAGACGCAGGGCGAAGCCCGACCCUGUGGCUAUGAAAAUUGCUCAGAAAACUCAACAAGAAGCUGGCAAAAUGCCCGGUGGCAAGCCAAUCAAGAUUUCGGACGAAGAAAUAGCGGAGAUGCUCUUAUUCCCAGUCGUUAAUGAAUCUGCCCGGGUACUUGAAGAAGGCAUUUGUGCACAGGCCUCAGACUUGGAUAUCGCCACGGUCAUGGGAAUGGGUUUCCCAGCAUACAGGGGUGGUGUAUGUCACUGGGCUGACGCAGUAGGAAUCAAGUAUAUUGUCACUAAGCUGCAAAAGUGGACCGAACUGUAUGGUGACUUUUUCAAGCCAUGCACAUUCUUGGUAGAACGAGCAGCAAGUGGUGUUAAGCUGAGUGAGCCAGUCAGUUCUAAUGCAAAGUCACGCUUAUGAUCUACACGCCGUUUUAUGGAGGUCUUCCCACCGUCAUUUCGACCUGCACGUUUACAAGACUCGAUUGUAGCUGGAACAGAUACAUCGACUAGUGUGUACAGGAUUAGAACUGAGAAUAUCGGUGAUAAAAGGGAAUGGCUCUUAUAGAAGAUGGCGUGGCAAGCAAGAAAAGAACCGUUGUUUAUAGAUGUACAAAGAUAGAAUUGGUUCUUGCCACAUCUCAUGCUGUCAAGAUCUCAAGUUGGUUGACCUUCCAAAUAUGAACUAGGUUAUUAUCGUAAGUUAGUUCCAAAGUAGUGGCCAGAAUGAACAUGGAAUAUCGCUGUCAAAGUGACAAAGCUUCAUUAAUGCAAUACUAAGUACAUCAUUGGGACUUUGGACUCUGGUGUGGAGCAAGUGGAUGAGAUUACGUCAGAGAGCAGGCGAAAGAUCCCAUAACAGCUGGCGUGGAAACCCCAGUUUCUAUGUGUUGCUCGUCAUUGAGCAGUGAUCAAGCGACCAGGCCAAUACUAACUGAUCUUGGUAAGAAACGAACCACAUCAGGCAAUAUACGAAAGAGAUCUCUUC